CUGGGGCUCGGCGUGCCCGGGCGGAGCUGGACGCUCGUGGCGCGGGGAGCCAGCCCCGGAGCGGCGCGGGAGGAGCAGCGCCCCUGUCGUCGGCCGCCGAGAUGUCCGCUCGGUGCUGUGCGGGCCAGCUGGCCUGCUGCUGCGGCACCGCCGGCUGCUCCCUGUGCUGCGGCUGCUGCCCCAAGAUCCGCCAGUCCCGGAGCACGCGCUUCAUGUACGCACUCUACUUCAUCCUGGUCGCCGUGCUCUGCUGCGUCAUGAUGUCCCACACUGUGGCCAACGAGAUGAGGCGCCACAUCCCUUUCUUUGAGGACAUCUGCAAAGGCAUCCGCGCUGGCGACAAGUGCGAGAAGCUGGUGGGCUACUCGGCGGUGUACAGAGUCUGCUUCGGGAUGGCCUGCUUCUUCUUCCUCUUCUGCCUCCUGACCUUGAACAUCAGCAACAGCAAAAGCUGUAGAGCCCACAUUCACAACGGCUUUUGGUUCUUCAAGCUGCUGCUGCUGGGGGCCAUGUGCUCCGGCGCCUUCUUCAUUCCCGACCAGGAGACCUUUCUGAAUGCCUGGCGCUACGUGGGAGCCGUCGGAGCCUUCAUCUUUAUCUUCAUCCAGCUCCUGCUCAUCGUGGAGUUCGCACACAAGUGGAACAAGAACUGGAACGCAGGCACGGCCAGCAACAAGCUGUGGUACGCCUCGCUGGCUCUGGUGACGCUCAUCAUGUAUUCGGUCGCCGCCGGGGGCUUGAUCCUCAUGGCCGUGUUUUACACACAGAAGGACGGCUGCAUGGAAAACAAGAUCCUCCUGGGGGUCAACGGAGGCCUCUGCCUGUUCAUCUCCAUGGUCGCCAUCUCUCCCUGCGUCCAGAAACGACAGCCGCACUCCGGGCUGCUGCAGUCGGGGCUCAUAAGCUGCUAUGUCACCUACCUCACUUUCUCGGCGUUGACCAGCAAGCCCGUGGAAGUCGCUCUGGAUGAGCAUGGGAAGAACGUUAGCAUCUGCGUCCCCGACUUCGGUCAGGACCUGUACAGAGACGAGAACCUGGUCAGCGGCCUGGGCACCGGCCUCCUGAUCGCCUGCAUCCUGUACUCGUGCUUGACAUCGACAACAAGAUCAAGUUCGGAUGCCCUGCAGGGGCGGUACGCGGCCCCGGAGCUGGAGGUUGCCCGGUGCUGCUUUUGCUUUGGCCCCGAUGGGAAGGACACCGAGGAGCAGGGCGGCGUGAAGGAGGGGCCGCGGGUCAUUUACGACGAGAAGAAGGGCACGGUCUACAGCUACUCCUUCUUCCACCUGGUGUUCCUGCUGGCCUCACUCUACGUGAUGAUGACCGUCACCAGCUGGUUCAAUUAUGAAAGCGCCAACAUGGAGUCGUUCUUCAGCGGGAGCUGGUCCAUCUUCUGGGUUAAGAUGGCCUCGUGCUGGAUGUGCGUGCUGCUCUACCUGUGGACGCUGGUGGCCCCGCUCUGCUGCCCCACCCGGCAGUUCUCUGUGUGAGGAGCCCGGCAGCCCAUGAGAGCUGUCCCCGAACAAGCGUCCUGGUUGGAGCAGUGCCUGGCGCCCUGUGGGACGCUCACAGCCCCCGCCCCCCGCUGGCUUGAAUGGAUCUGGAAAAGCUCUCAGGAAGGAAGUCUCCUCGUUAGCUCUUUCAUUCUGAAAUUUGAAAAGAAACUACGAGUCUAUCCGAAAGGAGUUGAGGCUGUCAGCCCUAGGGACCACAGGUGACCCAUGCUUUCUGUGCUCGUGCGCCUGGAAGCCGGAUACUUGUGUUAGUGUUAGCAUUUAGCUUUAGCAUGUUGACACCCAGACACAGCUGGGGCCCAGCGCCUUUUCACAAGGGUAAAACCCACCCGUGUGCCUGUUGUUCUCAUCCUUCGGAGAGAAACAUGCCAAAACCUGGUGCCCCCAGCCCCAACAGAUCCUGAACCCCACUCCCCAGCCUCCGCUCCCACACAGCUGGCAUCCACAGGGCACCAGAGGAGGCACCUGCUCCUAACCCCACCCCUGGGCUCCUAACUCCGCCUCCGGGAUCCUAACCCCGUCCCAGGAUACUAACUACACGCCCCGGCCCCUAGCCCCGCCCCCGGGCUGCUCCCUGGGCCCCCAGGCCUUCCCCAUUGAAGCCACCGCCUGGCAGGAUCCUCACUUGUCUGUGCUCAGCAUCUCUGUCUGAAUUCCACAAAGUUCAGUGGCACCGCCACCCGCGCUGUCACUCACUCCGAGCUCCUGCAGCAGGUGUGGCGCCUGCAUGUGUUGGGCCACACCCGUGUGUGCGUGUGUGUGUGUGUGCAUGUGUGCAGGGAUCCCUGUUGUGUCCACUCAGUCUUGUCGGGCGGCAGCUCUGCUCAGCAGGUCCAAGGGCGUCCUGUUCACGACAGGCAGCCAGGUGCUAGGGGACCUGGAUGAGCUGGCUGGGUGGGAGCCCCCGGCUGGUACAGGUUAGGGCAUGGGGCACACUUGGCCUCUGUGGGAUGACGCGGGGACCGCCCAUAGGGAGCGGUGUGAGAAGCCGCAGCGUGGAGCUCCGUGGAGUGCCCCCCUGCUGGGGUCAGGGUCUCAGCCAAGGCUGGCAGCCUGCGGGCCCUGACACCAGCUGGAGGCUCCCAGCCUGGCCUGAAGUCCCCCUUCCUGUGCCGGAAGCAGCUCAGGGAACCACACAAAAGGACGGGCCCAGGGCGGCCCCUUGUCCCUGCCUUCCUUCACUGCCCAUCCUCCUGGCUUGUGGCCUCGUGUUCAAUGGCUCUUUUGUUCUCAGCUGAAAAUAUUGGCAGGUUUGUCUGGGUGAGGGACAGAGAUGGGGUGGUCGGAGGGCGUACAAAGAAGGGGCUUUAAUGGUUAUGCAUCCUGAUCAACGAUUCUCAGGGGGUGGGUCAGCCCUGGUUAAAGAACCCACCUUUUGUGCUGUUGAGUUAAGAAACUGGAAAAAUUGUGCCAAUUGCUUUGAGCUGCCAUAAGAUUAGUGUACAUUUUAAUAACGGUAAAAAAAUAAUAUACCCUUGCUCUUGAUAACCAUGGCUUCUCAUAACCCUGGCUUUUGAUGACCUUUCGUCCCUGGUUUAAAUGUGCAUCCCUGGAGCUGCUGGUCAGACUCUUUGAGGGGUGGAAGCCGGAAGCGGUGGGUUUUUGUUUUUAAUUUUGGAGAUGGGGAGAGGGCGAGCUCCUGUCCACUCUCACUUCCUGAAUGUCCAGAGCAGCCAGGGCUGGGCUGGGGCCGGAGCUGGGAGCCAGGGGUUCAAUCCAGGCCUCCCAUGUGGGUGACAAGGACCCAGUCUCUUGAGCCAUCACUGUUGUUCCCCAGGGUCUGCAUGUGCAGGAAGCUUGGGUCAGAAGCCACAGCCGGGGAUCGAACCCUGUCACUCAGUGGAGGAUGUGGGCGUCGUGGUUGCUAAGCCCAACGCCCAGCCCACAGGUGAUUAGAUGAGCUGCGUGUGUGUCUGUGCACGCGUGGUGUGUGUGUCCAUGUUCUCUGUGCCCUGCAGUCUCCUAAAUGAAACACUAAGCUGGGGUGUGUGUGUGUGUGUGUGUGUGUAGGGAUUCUCACGGGCGCGUGGCUCCUGCACCUGUUACCUGGGCUGGGCACUGUUAGCGCAUGCUCGCCUGGUUCAGUGCUUGUUUUGUUUCUGUCCUUGCAGUGUCCGGGGGUGGCUCGGGGGUUCCCCGGACAGCGUUUGCUGCCAGGCCCUCAGGGACCCUGCGCUGGGACUGACCUCCGCGUAGUGCUGCCCCCAGCCCCCGUGGGCCCUGCCUUGCAGAGCUGGCGCCCGUGUUGGGUUCUGCCAGAAGUCCUCCUCCCGUUGGUGCUUCACGCCCCCAGAGCAGAGUCGUAGCCGAGCUGCCUGCGCUCCUGCCUCUCUGCAUGGCCUUUCUGAGUGGGAACUCGCUCUGAUGUGCACCUGUGUGCUACCCCUCCUGGAGGGGAGCGGGCCAGGCCAGCGCUGGGCCUCCCCAGCACCCUUGGCUCUUGGUGCGCUCUCUUCCAGGAGAUUGUCCAUGACCUGCUGGCGAAUGUGCUGCCAGGGGACGCCCUGCCCCCUGGGGCCAGUGACCUUGCAGGUCGGAGAGCUGUGCCCACACACAGGUGGGGCUCUGUCCCCACAGUAAAGCAUCAGCAGACACAGUUGUUGAAAGGUGGAAAUACCUGGCUUCAACCAAAGAGUGUUUUUUUAAAAGCAAAAUCCUUUCAGAGAAAACGUGAGUGGGAAAGGGUAGAAGAAUGCGUGUGUCCAGAUCCAUUGUGGGUGUGGCCCAUGCUGGUGUGAGAACCGUGGAGUGACCUUGAUGGUGGUCCCUCGGGCUGCGGGGUCCCGGGGUGCGCUCAGGUAGAGAGAGCUUAUGGCAGAUGCCUAAUAUAUGUCUUGAGAGCUAUUUAUGAGAGGUUUAAGAGGAUUCUGGAUUUUUUCCCCUUUAUUAAAGAUUUAAGCUUUUUUUACAUUGCGAAAACAACUAUGAAAGUUUUAUAGUCGUGACUUUGUUCAUGUUUUAAGCUCUUCUGGAACCAUUUGAUGUUGCUGGAUUCCGUGGUUAGGCUUUGCUGUAUUAGCACUUGAACUUGGCACUGUGAGUGCUGUCUGAAGUUCCUGAAGGUCUCCGGUCUGCUUAGACGUCCUCUGACUUCAUUUCUUUAUCACGGAGCCGAUUCCGGAUUUAUGUUUGUUUUUUGAAUGCGAGAUUUUCUACACAGCGCCUGAACUUGACCAGUCUUUUCCUAUGUACGAAAACUCAAAACUUGUUAACUCCGUACUUUAAUAAAAUAGAAUGUUGAA